AGUACAGUAAAGCCAGUCAAGCUUGUCUCCUGUUGUGUAGCACCUCCAAACUGACAUCAAAACACAAGAUCACUCCGAUCCAUCAAGACGAGCUUCGAAGGGAAUCGGCCAUUGACCUUCAUCAGUAAGAUUUUGUAAAUUGUUGACGGGGAGAAGACAGACACCUUGAACCUCAGCGUGAGUGUUGAUGUGGAGGCCCAACUCUGAAUCGGAAGAAAGAUGGACAUCACAGUUGUUUUUCUGUUUUGUGUUUGUACAGUGGGCCACUUUGUAUUCCCACCUGCCUUUGCUUGCGACCGCCUCCAGAAAAUUGACCAGUUCAACCUGUUGCCAGAUCAACCCUCUCAGCGUGUCCCAGAAAAUGGUGAUGCCAUUUUGAAGUGUUGUUAUGAUGUCCUCACUCCCAUCACUGUCAAUCACACCUGGGUCAUCCGCUACAUGACAGACAACAACAUGACCUGCCCAAAUGACGUGAGUGUGACCAAGGAGGUGCAGAGCAUUGGAUCCAUGUGCCAGAGUCUGAGUCUGGCAAAGGUGCAGCUGAAUAACACAGGCUUCUACCAGUGCCGUCUCAAGAAAGGCACACACUGCAUAUACUCACAUGGCACCUACCUGCAGGUCUUCACUCCCAUGAAGCGAACUCUUGACAUCAGCGAGAGCUGGAAGAACAGCAUCAUCACCAUCGAGGGGGUACUGCUACUGUUCAGCGUGCUACUUCCGGGUAUCUGUCAGCUGGGAAAGACAAAGAGACUCACAGAGCUGAACAGGAGGAAGCAGAGAGAAGAGGAGAACAUCUAUGAGGGGCUCAACCUGGACGGCUGUGACUCAACUUACUACCAGAUCCAAAGAUCUGACAGACACGGGCCUUACCAGGAUGUGGCUAACGUAGCUGAGGAUGAUACUCAAUUCGAGAAGCCGUGAAGCAACCAAGAAAGUGUGCUGACAUGCAAACUGUGUGUGUGUGUGUUUGUGCGUACAUGCCUGAAAUCAAUUGAAAAAUUGGAUAAUUUCAUAAUAAGAAUUGAAUUUUGUAUCCCUGAAUGCCUUCAAGAUGCGAUUGUAUGGUACCAGUCAUUUAGAUAAAUUGAAUGAGAUAAAGAAGUAUCGGACACAGUUUCCACUUCCUUCUGUGUUAGGCUAAACAUAUCUUUAAGACAGUUUUACCUAAUUAUGCUCUUUGAAUAUCUGCUGUGGUUUUACUGUUUAGUUCCUGUGAUGACCUAAACAGCUCAUGAGUUAACAGGGUGAAAAAUGACUCAAGCUCUUCAAGGAUCAUUGAGAGGUAUUCAUUGUCAGAUAAACUCUGUGUUUGGUAUGUGGGAAUUCAUGAUUAAUAAACCAAGAAUAAUGAA